AAUAAAAGACGUGGGUUUUUAUCGCAGCCUUAUGCAUGCAGCAAAAAUAAUCAGUGCCAGAGCGUUUCAUACUUUUCUUUAAGUAUAAAUUAAGUAUUUUAAAUCUUUAUGAGCUGCGAAUUGCUGAGCACAAAAUCUUAAUGUAUUUACGUAACUGCCAAAUAGUAUUUUUCUAAAUAUGGUUUUGUUUUGGCUCGCUUGGUCCAUCAUCGUCGUUCUAAACGCUCGUGUUUCCAAAGGGCUGUCAAUCCCCUUCCCGGUCACUUUCGGAAGCCCUGGGGACAAUGUGACCAUCUACAGUAAUUUCAGAGCGAUUUACAGGUCUUUCUUGAGUGUUAGCUGGUACCGUGUGAAGCCGGAUGGAGGGAUGGAGCACAAAAUGUACUUCAGCUCUUAUAGCUCCCAGUACGGCCGGUACAGAGGAACACUGCCCCAGAACUCCCCCAAUGUCAGUCUGACAAUCUACAAUGUGACAGCAGAAGAUUCUGGCCAAUACUUCCCAGUGGUGCUCAACAGCAUGAGAUUCUCACCUGGGACCAUGGCAGUUCUGUCCAUAACAGAUCGCAAGGAAAAACCAACUCUCCGUGUGUUUGUGAGUCAAAAGUCAGACAACAGGACAGAUAUUCUCUGCGAACUGAGAGGACAAGGGCCGGACCGGACAGGCCCCGAGUGGGAAACAGAGGGCAUUUCUGGAGCAGAAAUCAAAACGGGAGAAGCCAUAGAUUACAGUGGUGUAUUUACCAGAAUAUCCAUCCUCUCUGUUUCCUCGAAUAGCGGGCCUCUUACUGUAACAUGUGUAAAUCAAAAAAACACGCCCACGAUCAGAAGAAGUAUAAUAAUCCGGCAGAAAGAUGAUGUCUUUUCCUGGCUGCUGUACCUGUUUCCUCUGUGUUCAGUGCUGAUUCUAGCAACCAUAAUUAGUGCGGUGCAGGUCUGCUGGAGAAAUUGAGCACACACAUUAUUGAUUCCUCAUGAGAUGCUGCAACUGAAGGAAACGUAGACAUGAACUUGAUCUCUUCUGAAGCAUUUAUGUCUCAGUUUUCUGUUUUUAAGAACCAUUUUAUGUUCUGUAAUGAAUGAUUGUCAUAUAAAGAUAUUCAGUGAGUUUUAAGUUCUCUGGCUCUGGAUCUCAAGGAGCUGCAGAACACGGUGUUGUAGCUGGAGAUGCUGGUACACGAAGCAGCUACUAAAAAUUUGUAUUGAAAAUUAAAUCAGUUGUGAAUGUAUUUUAGUAGAACUGUACUUCAUAUAAAGAAU